CAGUCCCAGGAUGAGGGUUUCCUACAUCGUCUUUUCAGCCAAAGCAGUUGUAAUACUUCCACUGACUGGAGACAGGUCAGAAAUAGACGAGGGUUUGAAGAAGCUGAGCCAAAUCAAACCUGCAGGUGAAACGUACAUGCACGAGGGCAUGAAAGCGGUGUCGGAGCAGAUGAAGGCGCGAACGUCACCAUCGUCCACCAUCAUCAUCAUCCUCACUGAUGGCAAGCUGGAGGUUUACCCGUUUGAGCUGAGUGUACAGGAGGCCGACAUAGCCCGAGGGUUUGGAGCCAGAGUGUACUGUGUGGGGGUCAUGGACUUUGACCACAAACAGCUUGCUGAAAUAGCAGAUAGCACCGAACAAGUCUUCCCGGUUCUGUCUGGAUUUCACGCCCUCAAGGACAUCGUCAACUCUAUCCUGAAGCAGACGUGUACAGAUGUGUUCACGAUAGAGCCAUCGAGUGUGUGUGUGAACGAGUCUUUCAACGUGGUGCUCAGAGGCAGCGGCUUCAGUGGAUCCAGGAGGACGGACAAGGUCCUCUGCGUCCUCACCGUCAAUCAAAACACGUACAACCAGAAGCCAAAUGUUGUUAGAGACGGUUAUCUGCUGUGUCCAGCUCCUGUUCUGCAGGAGGUUGGAGAAUCCAUUGAAGUGCUGGUUAGUCUGAACAACGGAGAAUCUUUCAUCUCCAGUCCCAUCACCAUUUAUGCCACAACAUGUUCUGAUGGGACCUGGGUGUUCUGGUUGCUGUUGGCUCUGUUGUUGUUGCUCGCUCUGGGUUUGCUCUGGUGGUUCUGGCCUCUCUGCUGCACUGUGGUGAUCAGAGACCCUCCCCCAGAUCGUCCCCCUCCUCCACCUCCUGUUAUUGAGCUGGAAGACGAUCCCUCACCCAAACACAAGUGGCCCACAGUGGACGCUUCAUACUACGGAGUCCGAGGUCCUGGAGGAAUCACACGCAUGGAGGUGCGUUGGGGACAGAUGGGGUCCACAGAGGAGGGGUCCCGGCUAGAAAAAGCCAAAAAUGCUGUGGUCACCAUGCCUGAUGACGUGGAGGAGCCCAUCAUCCCCCGACCCCCGCCAAGACCUCCUCCAGUGUACAGCCCCCCACCACAGUCCAAGUGGUACACUCCCAUCAAGGGGCGAUUCGAUGCGUUGCUGGCGUUACUGAGAAGACAGUACGACAGAGUGGCAAUCAUGAGGCCGACACAUCAGGACAAGGGUCGCUGCAUUAACUUCACCAGAGUUCAGAGUCACUGAUGAACAGAACACUUUUCACUUUAUUCCCCGUUUUGUUUGAAGAUGACCAACGUGUCCAGAUGAUGAUUGUCGGGAUGUAUAUUGUAAAUAAACACUUUUACUUUUA